AUCUUUUGGGCUUUUUGCAGCGGUUGUCUUCAUUCUUUAGUCAGUUUAGUAUGGAAAGUAGACAACAAUGGCUUACCAGGCUGAAAAAUGAACUUAGCAACAGUCCGCUGGUAUCAAAUGUGGCUUUUGGGUUCAUCCUCAUGGGACUAGAGAAGCUCGUGGAGCUGGAGUUUGAGUGUCCUUGCAACCCUACGUGGAAUGGAGCGUUUUCAUCAGCAUUCUUCAUCAUUCCUGCUGUCAUGGCCUUCACCUUGAUGCAGAUCAUCCAGGGAUGCAGGUGCAACGUGUGGUGCAGGAAAAUGGUUUCCCUCUCUAGUUUCGUUCCUGCUGUCGUUUGGCUGAUCUUGUUGUUCCUGGACGGCCAGUACUUUGCCUGUGCUAUGACAGACUGGGAUGGAAGAUUUGUCCUUGUUGACAAGGCAGCUCCGCAGAAGUGGUGUGAGCCAGUUACAGAGGGAGACGUCACCCCACAAGAAUUAAUGCUCCGCUCACAGCGGUUGUUUGUGUUUUCUCAGGUAAUAGGAAUAAUCCUCCUGAUUUUCAUCUGUGUGGGUCUGGUAGUGUAUGUAAUCAGAGAAAGCUCCCAACAGGAGGUGGAGAUGCAAGAUGCAGAUGUGGCUGAGCUCACCGUGCUCAGGAUGAGCUCUCUACGAACCAGAACAUCAUGAGUGGACCUACCCUGUCCUACACAGACACUUUGUAAAUACCACAAAAAGACUUGACAGGAGUUUUUUUUUUAAUCGCCCCCCAGGAUAUUUUGGGGCAUUUAAAGAUAUUUGAAAAUCUGUCUGAAAAUUCUCCAUCAGGUCAUAGUAAUGUAAGUGUUUCGACAUUUGACAACUGGACUUCUCUUUGUGUUUUGUUUCUUGAAAAAUUCCUCUAAAGUAAAUGUGUGUCGAAUGAUCACUGGUGUCACCAUGUACACUGUUCAAAGAAAUAUUGUGUGUUUUUUGUAUAAAUAUUGAGGAAUGAGUAUACAUAAAUGUCCUCUCUUGGUGCUUCCUCACCUGGGUCACCAGUGCAGCAAUUUCAUUCCUAAUCAAGGUGUGGGUUAAUAUAUUUUAAAUCUGCUAUUUUCUGUUUUCUUUGUUUUAUUGCUAUA